AUGAAGCAAUCCGUCGGCCGCCCGAGUAUUGGUGGUAACUUCUCCCUAAUAGACCACAAUGGGAAACCCUGCACACUGGAAGAUUUCAAGGGAAAGUGGGUACUGUUGUAUUUUGGAUUUUGCCGAUGCCCUGACAUUUGCCCGGAACAACUGGAAAAAGUGGUCGAAGUCAGUGACCGAAUAGGCAAGUUAACAUUGUUCGAGUGUCAUUCAUUGCUUAACAAAACCAAGCAUCAACUUGUUCCCGUAUUUGUCACGGUGGAUGCUGAACGGGACACCCCUCAGGUCGUGUCGGAAUAUAUUCACGAAUUCUCUCCAAACCUUGUCGGACUGACCGGUACGAAAGAGCAGAUCGAUAAGGUGGCCAAGCUGUACCGGAUUUAUUACAGUGCUGGACCUAAAGAUGUCGAAGGGGACUACAUUGUUGACCACACUGUCGUGAUGUACUUGAUGGAUCCGAAUGGCCAGUUUAGCGAUUACUAUGGUCAGAAUAAAACAGCUGCGGAAAUGACGAGAAACAUCCUCUCAAAAAUGGCUAACUUUUCCGGAUGA